AUGCCACCCGCCACCCACCACUGCCAACCGCCACCGCAACUUCCACUGCCAUCUCCACCACCACCACCACCACUGCCGCUACCCGCCACCACCACCACCCGCCAUCACCACCACCCGCCACCACCACCGUCAUCACCCGACACCCGCCACCACCACUACCGACACCCGCCACCGCCAUCCGCCACCAUGCUCACCACCGCCACCCGCCAUCACCACCGCCACCCGCCACCACCACCGCUGACCGCCAACACAACCAUCACCACCGCCACACGCUGCAGCCAUGGCCACCCGCCACCCACCAACUGCCACCCGCCAUCGCCACCGCCGCAUCCCCCGCAAACCUGUUUUCCUAAUUAUCUGUUUGAUUAA